AUGACUGUUGCUGGAGGUCAUGGAUGGGGCAGUGCCAUCAAUCAAUUCACCGGGCCUUGUGGUCUUUUCGUUGAUGGUGACCAAACAAUGGUCAUCGCUGACUUCAGGAAUCAUCGUAUCAUCCAAUGGAAGAUGGAUGAUACGAAUGGACAAGUGGUAGCUGGUGACAAUGGCGAAGGAAAUCGAUUGGAUCAAUUGGAUGGACCAAUCGAUGUGUUGAUCGACAAAGAGACGGAUAGUCUCAUUAUUUGUGAUUGGGACAAUCAACGGGUCGUACGAUGGUCUCGUCGUAGUGGUACCACUGAAGGAGAAAUCCUCAUCGACAAAUUCAAGUGUUGGGGAUUGGCCAUGGAUGAUCAGAGAUAUCUCUACAUCUCUGACUACGGCAAAGAAGAAGUAAGACGAUAUCAAAUAGGAGACAACAAUGGAAUUAUUGUGGCUGGUGGCAAUGGCUACGGUACUGGUCUCAAUCAACUCAACCAUCCGACCUACAUCUUUGUCGAUCAACAACAGACUGUCUACGUGUCAGACAAUUACAAUCAUCGUAUAAUGAAAUGGAAUAAAGGUGCAAAAGAAGGAAUUGUUGUUGCUGGAGAUCAAGGACGAGGGAAUGCUCUGACACAAUUGCUGUUUCCUGAAGGACUGUUCGUCGAUACAUUGGGUACCAUCUAUGUGGCAGACCGUGAGAAUAAUCGAGUGAUGCGUUGGCCUAAAGAAGCGAAACAGGGCACUGUCAUUGUGGGUGGAAAUGGUGAAGGAGAAGAAGCAAAUCAGUUCUACGGGCCUAAUACUUUGUCCUUCGAUCGACAUGGUAAUCUCUAUGUCGCCGAUCAUCGGAAUAACCGUAUUCAACGAUUUUCAAUCGAAUAG